AUGAGUGAUAACUCCCGAGAGAGUUAUGUUGAGGGUGUGGAUGCCCGACCACCUGCGCAUGUGUUUUACCAAGAAAUCACCGAGACAGUGAAUUUUCUGGUGAAUGACGGAUCAAGUGUCGGCGCUUAUACACUUGAUAUGGUGACGCCCCCGAAGUCAGCUUCGGAGGCGGUCAAGUUGCCAACGCUAGAAUCCAAAAGAUUCUUGCAAGAUCUGCGUAGUGACAAGAUCAAGCAGAUCUGCAUGCUCAUCACAGAGGACGAGUACGUCGCCGAUAUUCGGUCGGUACAAGUGUUUGCUGAGAACGAACAAGCCCUCGGUAGCUCAUUGAUGGAUGAGAAUUUCCUCGAUGAGAAGAAUUAG